GACGGGUUUAUAUGCGGGAGCCUUGCACAGGACCGAGCUGGGUGCCUCUGCUGCGGGGACUUUGGGCUUGACAACACUGGAGGGAAGUCCGCCGAGGAAAUUAACACAACAACAACAACAAGAAGAAAAAACCCCAAAAAGCUAAAUAGAAAGAUGCCUUCGAAUAAAGAAGGCGGCGGCUGGAAGAGCUUCGUGUGGGACUCUGAGAAGCGGGAGCUGCUCGGUCGCACCGGGGGGAGUUGGUUUAAAAUCUUCGCAUUCUACGUCAUCUUCUACGGCUGCCUGGCUGGAAUCUUCAUCGGCACCAUCCAGGCCCUGCUGCUCACCUUGAGCGAUUACAAGCCCACCUGGCAGGACAGAGUUGCACCCCCCGGCCUUUCACACACCCCAAAGUCAGAAAAAUCUGAAUUGGCCUUCAACACCGGGGAACUGGAGACAUAUCUGCCUUACACCAGAGCCUUGAGGGAGUUCCUGGCAAAGUAUGAUGACGAGAAGCAGAAGGACCAGAUGAAAUUCGAGGACUGUGGAGAGGAGCCUGCAGAGUCCAGGCACAGGGACGAGUUGGAGAGCGAUGUGGGCGUCAGGAGGGCCUGUCGUUUUUCCAGGACCUGGCUGGGACCCUGCUCCGGCAUCGAGGACCGCGAGUUUGGUUUCAAGGAGGGCAAGCCCUGCCUGAUUGUAAAGCUUAACAGGAUCGUUUCCUUCCGCCCAAGGCCUCCAACCACGAAUGACAGCAUCCCUGAAGAGGCUCAGCCAAAGGUGCAGCCCAAUGUGAUUCCUAUCUACUGCACUAACAAGAAAGAGGAGGAUGCUGGGAAAGUCGGAGAGAUCAAGUACUACGGCAUCGGCGGCGGCUUCCCCCUACAGUAUUACCCCUACUACGGCAAGCUGUUGCACCCUCACUACUUGCAGCCACUGGUGGCGCUGCAGUUCACCAACCUGACCUUGAAAGGCGAAGUGCGCAUCGAGUGCAAAGUGUUCGGAGAGAACAUUGACUACAGCGACAAGGACCGCUACCAGGGACGCUUUGACAUCAAGUUCCUGAUUAACAGUUAAUGACUGGCACCAGAACCAUAAUACUUCGUCUGACCGCCACCACCCCCACCUGUUCCGCCCCUUUGUCCUUAGCUAAAUACCGAUCUAAUAUAGGAGAUAAGUGAGGAGGAGGGGGGGGUAGGUUGUAGCGGCUAUGGCAAUCACAACUAGUCUUGAAAUUAAUAAUGAAAGGAAAAAAACUGAUAGAGGACCGACGUGUAUCCGUCUUGCUCUCAUCACUAGCUUCUACUGUCACUAGCAUUUAGAAUGUAAUUUAGAGGAAGAGUAGCGAUUAGGCCUAAUAAAAGUAUUUAUUCUGCUGUAAAUGAGACUUUUCCACAAGCCAUGGGACAUUGUUCAUCGAUGAAUUGUGUAAAGUGUAAUUCCAUUUCUGAUGUGUAGCGAGCUGUGUUCGUCCCCUCUGCGUAUCGCUGCCAUCCGUGGCUUUAGUAGAUGUUUUCCGGAGCGUGCAGUCGUCAAACUCUGGUCCUUCCAACCCACGUCGUUCUAGCAGUUAUAAGCGCGCACGUGUGUGUUUGUGUGUGUGUGUCUCCGACAGGAACACACACUCCCACUUACUUAAUGAUUAAAAUGGUUUGACAUGAUACACUCUUCUGAUCUGUGUUUAGGGAAAAAAAAGCUGCACUCCAGGGAAUUUUCUUUUCCUCUUUUUAUUUGUUGUACACUUGAUCAAGGGAGACUCUUUAUACUUUUGCCUUUUUUCUUUCUGUGCUUUGUUAAAUCACCUAAGUGUGUGAAGGGGAUUUUUAAAUCUUGGUUUCAUGCCUUUUACUCUUGAUUAUUUUGCCUUGAAUGUAGAGUUGUGUGUCCAGCCUUUAGCCUGCUGUCAGGGCAGUGGUGCUAAACACGUUUUUAAGUUGUCUUGUCUUUUUUGUUGCUGGACUCGUCACAGCGUUGUGCUGUACAUACCCGAAUGUCAUCUAACACAGUGGAAGGAUUUUAUAUUUAUGCAGUUGUACAUUUUGUUUCUUCGCAGAAUGUUUUAAUGUAUAAAUGCAAUACCAAAGUGACACGUUGGAGAGAGUCCAAUUGGAAGCAAUGCAGUACUCGUUUUUAGGAUCUCAUCAUGUUAAGUGAUAAGUCAAUGUUUCAUCUUUCUGCCAUGAAUGUAGUAACAGGCAGUUUAAUUCCACACUGACCUGAUCUUCAUGCAUUUAAAAAAAACAAGAGUUCUUGCAGAGCUCAAGGCUUUAGAAGAUGUCGGCUUUAAUAUUCAUGGGGAUCUGUUCAUCCACAACUGUUCAUCCACCUCUGUCAUUCAGAGAUAGAAACAAAUAAAAUCCUAAUGGACCUUU